AUGGUCGACCUGGUCGACCAUGUCGCUCGUCACGUGAUUCCUAGUCCAAGGAAAUCCUUGGAUCGCUUAGCUAACCUAAACGAUCCCUAUUUGCUAUAAGUCUACGGAUGUGCUUAACUUGUCAGGGCGCCGCCUGGUCUUCACUCUUCACGUGUUAACACGUGAUUCGUGACAGGAACUGCGUUACCCUACUAUUAAGGCAGCUCAGGGCAUAGCAUGGUUUAAGCGACACCAAAAAGCCCAACGCAAGAUUAACUGCAAGAAAGGCAAGUUAAAGGACAAGUUGCUUAAUAGCAGCAUUGAUAAGUUUUAUGAAACUAUUCAUUUUGAGGAGGUAGAUCGGCAGAUACAGGGCAUCCUUCCCGAUGCUGAGGUGCUUAACCCGUCAACUAUUGAGUAUCAGUUGGAGGAGCGAGCGACGGUCGCUAGACUACUCUUUCAGCCAUUUGAUAAUCUAAAUGUGGAUAAAGCAUUUAAUGUCCGGGUUCAACUGGUCGAUGUCCUUGCAAAGCUCUGUCAUCUACAAGAAACUCCCAGCAAAUUCAAAGCAGCAAACUCAAAGAAGCCUCUAAUCGCCCAUCAUCGUCUACACGCUAGCGACAAUGCGAAAAUGCUUCAGGAUAAACUAGGAGAGAAUCGGGAUACCCAGACGUUGGUGUGUAAAGAUUUACACUCAGACUCCCCGUUGCAAUGCCCAAUCUGCGAAUUCGGCUCAUUUUCUCGUAAAGACAGUUUAGCCAGACACGUCAAAACUCAGCACCUUACGAGACGUGCUACUGCUGACGGCUUUCCUUGUCCUUAUGAAGGCUGCUCAGCCUACUUAGCUGGCACCCCACACUUCAUGAAUCACACGGCACGGCAGCAUAAUCUGUGUCUCUGA